UCUGUAGCAGAUUGGUGUCACAUGACUUGUUCAUGAGCACAUGUAAUUGACAGGGUCGUUCGUGGACAGGAGAGGGAGAGCGAGGCAGGAGAGAUAGAGAGAGAUGCUAGUGGGAGUUACCAGCGGAGGAUCGGCGGGGGAAUGGAGCGUACUUUUUGUUGAUUGAGGGGGACCUACCGUUUCUCCCGCGGCAGAAGCGGUAGUUCCCUCCCCAGGACAAGCAUCAGUUUCCAAAUGUAACCCCGGGUGGUGGACAUAUAUGGAUAUUUAUAGGUUAAACAAAGAAAUGUGUCUAGAACAUCACCAAGACAAUCCCGGAAAUAACAGACAUACCCUCAGCCGGUCACGUAGGCUACGUUGCUGGAAGCUUUGCGUUACUGAUAGAAACGUUUCAAGCUUCUGAAUACCAGAAAACAUUUCAAUCGAAGACAAAUGUGAAACCAUUUAAAGGAAAUUCAUGAAUGAAAGAAAAACGGUGACAAGGAGACUUUUUAAAUAUGAAACUUCCCAAAACUGUGGCACCGCUCCUCUCUCGCAGCCUCGGCAGUUGUGCUGCACUCUCGCUCUCGCACGGUGGCUCCGGUAAAAAAUGAGGCGAGGACGUGGGCUACGUGCGCAUCUAGCACUAGACGAGAUGAAAUGGAGAGCUUGGAACACACGGACCUUUUAAAUCCAAGCUCUUCCCACGGACACAACAGUUUUCCAGCCUCCGGCGAGAGAGUGAGAAACGGUGAACACAUAUUUGGAGCUGCCGAGUUUCAACCUUUCCAAACCAACAUGGGACUCAAUGGACUAAACGGCUACUGCCAGGGCAUAGCGCCGGUUGGGAGCGCCACGGCCGCGGAAUUACUGUCUGGUCUGGCUUCAAAAACAAGCACUUCCAGCAUCACGGUUUUAAAGAAACAGACGAAUACUGGGCUGCCGUUCUAUAACGGUGGGAUUGUGUCUCCGUUCGCAACCAUUGAGGGCAGCCACAGUGGUCCCAACGGUUACCCUCCGCAAGUGAAAGGGGUGGGGGAGACACCCAAUGGCCUUGCGCAACCCCUAGGCAGCAGAGCACGCCUCGUGGAGAAUGGGGACAGAACACAACAUGAGAAAUGCAUUCUUCUGGUGAAGAGACCCAAUGGUGACCCGCAGGUCAAACAGCUGCACCAUAGGAAGCGGAGAGGUGAGGAGAACCGGGACAUGGGUUCUGAGACGCCCAAAGGUUGUGCCUUAUCAGUGGGUUCAGGUUUAGGUACUCUAGGUAUGAUGGCCUAUGGACCAGGUGAGUCGAUAACCCCGGACUGCAAACGGAGACGAGUGUCGGAGAGCGAAGUUCACAAAGCGGAGCCCUCCAAACCCGGCAAGGCUGUCCUCCCUCUUGCUGCCAACGGCGACAGCAGCAUCAACAAUAACCAUAGCAACCUCAACCACUGCGCCACCCCUCACCCCUCUUUGCCUGACCCUCACAACAACAAGCUGCACCACAAUGUACACAAGGUGAUGCUGCUGGGCCCUGGGGUUGUUCCAGGCCAGCUGUCCCCGGUGGAGGCCAACAGCAUCCAGUCUCUACCGUUACCAGCCGGGGUGGGCUGGUCGGCGGAGAGUAUCGCCCAGCAGUACAUCGUGCCCUGCCUGACUUCCUAUGGUAUCUGUGUGAAGGACAGUUUCCUGGGGCCACGGCUGGGUGAGUCGGUGCUGGGCGAGGUGGAGAGUCUGAACCGCAGCGGGAAGUUCCGGGGGGGUCAGCUGGUCAGCCAGAGGAGCAUCCCCUCACGGAAUAUCCGUGGAGACCAGAUCGCCUGGGUGGAGGGGCACGAGCCGGGUUGCGAGGGCAUCGCCAUGCUGAUGGCACACAUCGACGAGGCCGUGAUGCACAGCGCUGCCAACGGGCAGCUGGGGGACUGUGUCAUCAAUGGACGCACCAAGGCUAUGGUGGCCUGUUACCCAGGUAACGGCACGGGGUACAUCCGUCACGUGGACAACCCUAACGGUGACGGCCGCUGCAUCACCUGCAUUUACUAUCUCAACAAGAACUGGGAUGUCAAGGUUCAAGGAGGUUUGCUGCAGAUCUAUCCAGAGGGGAAGAGUGUGGUGGCCAACAUAGAACCGCUGUUUGACCGUCUGCUCAUCUUCUGGUCCGACCGCAGGAACCCACACGAGGUUAAGCCGGCCUACGCUACACGCUAUGCCAUCACUGUCUGGUACUUUGAUGCCAAGGAGAGGGCCGAGGCCAGAGAGAAGUACAGACUGGCAACCGGACAGAAAGGUGUUCAAGUGCCCGUCACUCAAAACAACAAAACCUAAAUCUUGUUCAAUCCCCCCCCAGCUCUUUAUUGGUUGAGAGGAGAUACGGCAGCAUCUGAUUGGGCAGUUGAGGGAAAGAGGGCGGAGAUAGAACACAGUGGACUCAGUUGGCGAAUGGAGCGAGGCAGGGUCAGACUGACUCAGGUGGCAUAAGGGCAAAAGAGGAUGAAGACGACUCCUCUUCAUCAGAUAAUUCAAAAAUUCUUUAAAGACAACAAACUGAAUGGACAGACUCUUGUUUUUGCCUCAUCAAUAAUCAGUGCUAUUAUAAUAUAAUCAGAAAACAAUCUUCUCUGCUCUCGCAAACUUUUCAUCUCGGUCAAAAGAUAAGGGGUAACAUACAAUAGACAUUUCUCCAAUCAAAAAGCAGGCCUAAGGAGACAGGAGCACCAUCUGCGGCGGCGGCGGAGGAAUACGAUUGCAUCUGGUUUUCAGGGGAAACUGAAAAAGAGCUUUUGGACAUUAACAAGACGAUACUCCAUCUUAACUCCACCUUCACAUUUACUAGAUUGGUUCAACAGUGCAGAAGAGAACCUCGCCAUGUAGUUCUCUCAUCAGGUUAAGACAGUUAAGGAAAUGUGAUUGGAGGUCCUGACAUUCACACACAUCGUGACACGUCCAGUGUGUUGCCUCAGCUUACACCCAGCCAUCAGUAAACAACGCACCAUUAAAGAGGAAGUGACCUCACAGGAAAUGGUCCUUUACAUACCACACAGUAGUGUGACAUUCAGCUAUCCCAGCAUUCAUGUUGUUGGAGACCCUGUUAGGGCAUCCACCUGCCACCAGUGUACAGAGAAGACUGAAGACUCUCUUUAUCGCAGAGAAACAUGAAGACUCUUUAACUCAACUAGUCAACAGAAAAAAAUCAAUACUGUUUGUUCAUGUGACAGUCAGUGAGAAAGGAGUGUGUAAUGUCAGAAAGCAAUGUAAUACAAUUCCAAGAGCGUGUUUUUGUUUGUGAACGUUUUUGAAGACGACACCUAAACAAAGGUGGUUCGAAGGCAGGUCGAAACAGGGUUUGCUGAAUGUUAUAGUGUGUGUGUGUGUGUGAAAAUGUACUGUACAAGCAACCCUGUUACUAGUAUCUUGGUGGUCCCAGUUGCACCUGUAAGACCCACCCCUCCCUAUACGGAGACUAGAGGCUGCAUCAGCACUAUCAUCACCUACAGUGCAUUCUGGUCAACUCAAACAUACAAUAGAUUGGACACGGUUCACCACAACAUCUGAAUCUAACCUAACCCAAACCCUCAGUCAACCUUGUUAUACUGCACAGAAACAAAUGUUAAUGCACAGAAGGGUCUGUGUGAAACUACUGCAGUGUCUGUCUGUCUAACUAUGCUUGUGGGGACUAGAAGUCUCCACAAGAAUGGUAAAUAAACAAACAUUUAACUGUGGACAUUUUAGUUCGUCUCCACAAGGAAAAAUUAUAUUUCUAUGGGGUUUAGGGUUAAGGAAAAUAUGAUUUUGAGUGGGAAUCAAUUGUACCCCCCAACAAGGUUAGUUAAAUGUGUGUGUGUGCGUGUGUGUGUGUCUGGCCUUGAAUGGGGGUGGGGAGGCGCUUGACUGUGUUUUGUGUGUGUGUGUGUGACAGACUGGGUAAGAGAGAAGUAAAAAUAUGACUUUUCAGAAAUGCUAUCUGUGAAUGAUCAGUGUACAUUUUUUAAACAAACUGCUUUUAUGCUGUGGAUAAUAUGGUUGAGAUGCAAUAGUGACUAAAACAAUGAGAACAAAAAAAUGUUGCCUCAGUUUUUUCAGAUAUUUUGCAUUAUUGAAUUAAAAUGUGUUUUUGUACAAGAA